CCGAGUUUGAGUCGAGAUUUUGUUUAAGUCGGUUUAGUGUUAAGUCAAUUAGGUAUCUGACCUUUGAUAAGGUUGUUGGCGUUACACGUGUAGGGUGUUGUUUUUCUGUGGAGGAUGCGUUUCAUAGUUACAGCUUUAACUGCUUAACAGUGACGUUACACAGACACUUCAUCUCCAAACACUUUCUGUGCUGGGAAUCAACUAUUCAUGAUAUACCUUACCCUUAUCGCUAGGGUGGCUGACGGCCUUCCGCUGGCUGCGACUAUUCAGGAAGAUGAUAAGCUGAGCCGGGAGGUCUUCCAAUAUCAAAAUCAGGCCAAAGCACUCGUAUGUCGCAUGACUCCCACCUCUCCUUCAAGAUGUUCUCUCAUUGCUGGUCCCUACUUGUUUCAUUACCUGCUAGACCGAGGCGUUUGCUACAUUAUCCUUACGGACUCUCAAUUCAAUCGGACGAAAGCUUUUGCUUUUCUAGAAGCCAUUCAAGCAGAAUUUUACGGUAAAUACUCUCAGCAAGUUCAGACAGUAUCACGGCCAUAUGCAUUCCUUGAGUUUGAUCAUGUCAUACACAAGACUCAGAAGACUUACAGUGACAGCCGGUCAUCAAAUCUCAACCAACUAAAUGUUGCGUUACAGGAUGUCCAAAGAAUCAUGGUACAGAACAUCGACGAUGUUUUACAACGCGGUGAAGCUCUCUCAACCCUCGAUGCUCGAGCAUCCAAUUUGUCUUCAAUGUCAAAGAAAUACCGUCAGGAUGCCUCUGCUCUCAAUUUGCAGUCAGCUUACGUGAAAUAUGUAUUGUUUUGCAUUCUUUUGCUAGCUGUGUUUACGUACUUUUAUAUUCGAUUUCUGUAAUGAGCCUGUGGUCGGAUAUUGCGGUUUCUUUAUUGUAGUAUUAUAAAUCAGUAUACCUAUAUUCAGAUUGUGAUGUCAUUAUUUAUUUGUCUUUGGACUCUUUAUUUGGUAAUAUGUCUGUUUUUUUGUUUUUUUCGAGGAACUAGGCUUUGUAAUUUUUACUUAAAAACAUUUUCCUGUGUAUUCAUUCAUAUAAUUAAUCUGGAUCCGCAACAGUUUCAGCUCCUUUGUUUUUUUUCUCUCCGAAGUGUGGUUGGUUUAUUUUCCACCUUUGACUUUGCUUUGCGCUGAAAAUAAUAAUAAACUAUGCUCAAACUAUGAUUUCUGA